UUAGCAGCCCAUUUACGUAGUACACCGGGCAUGUCGACAGUAAUACCUUAGUCGCCAUUAAAUCUCGAUAUUUCACUGUGAGUUUUUACGGUUCGUCUCUCCUCGCCAUAUUCCUUGGACACCGCUCUGUUUUUUUUCCGAUAAAUAAGUUCGUCGAGCGUGCUGUCACUUUCGGUUGAUACUUAGGUUUAGGUUAGAGGUGCUGUGAAGUCCGCCACUUAUCAUCAUCCGUUUUAUUUUAGUUUGGCUGAAAGUCUUGUAUUGUGAAAACUGGAAUUUGGCAUUAUCAACCAGCUUUUAUUGCUGCUGUUGUUCCCAGGCGUGUACAGAUGGACGACGAGUGGCUAGACCCUUAUGACAUGCUCAACUAUGAUGCAGUUGCCAAAACAAUGCGAAAGACGAUAAAGACUGAGCCACACUGGAGAUCCACUAGUCAACAUGUGGAGGAUCUGCAGAGGCAGAUCGGGAUGCUUGUUUUGAGUCUGUUAGCCAUCAUCUGCAACCAGAAGUUUUCUGGUCCUCUAAUCUUCUGGCCCUUGAAAUUCAUCAGGGUGCUGAUUUUUUACUUCCUUGUCAGUAUUCCUUGGAGUUGGUUCUGUCUGUACCAGGUUGCCUUCAUUGAGCAUCAAAACAUCAUCAGAGAAACAGUAAACCUCAAUAAAGAAUGUAAAGGAAUAGAAGAAAUGGAUUGGACCGAUGGUUUGAAAGAGUGGUUCAGGUCCACCAGGCCUGUCCAUGACGACCCCUGUAAAGAUUACUAUGCUUUUUUUAGAAUCAAUCCCCUCCUUCUUGUACGUCCAAUCAAGGUAGUAUCAUUUACAUUCAGGAUUUUAAUGAAAGACCCACUAAGACACUUUGGGGAGGGGUUAAGUGAGCUUCAUCGAGCAAUCCUAAACCAUCUGCCAGUUACCCUUCAGUUUCUAGUCUUCAUGAUCAUCAUGCUCGUCAUUUCGUGGUUCCUGAAAGAGAGUGUAGAGCCUGGCCCGCAGCACUACACCAAGACACCAGUGAAUAAGCUGCAAGAUCUUCCUUCAGGAGUGAAGGAUGGUGAUCGGAUGUCUGCGUCUGACCAGGGUUCUGACCAAGCUGCUGAUAAAAGUCUUGUCGAUAACAUGGGAAGUAGCAUCGCUGCAGAGACAUUGGGCUUUGUCGAACCUAAACUUAGAAAAACUGAGAACAAAGAAAAUGUUGAGGCGAUGGAGAAUCCCUCUGUUAGUUCAAGGCUCACAAGCCAGCAGGAAAGACGUGAGAAGUCUGCUGCCGACACUGAUGAACCAGCCAGCUUGUGCCCAGUCAACGUGACUCCUUCACAGGCUGAUCUGGAGGACAAAGAAGACUUCAUGGAAGACGACGCGUCCUCCAUGCCUCUAAGGCCGUCUUUUAAGCUGCUACCGACUUCUAUUGAGGAGACAAGUCCAAAGUUAGUGGAUUAGACUUCAAAGCAAAGUUUGUUGUUCAGAAGUUAUCUGCAUUUAACGGCUUGACUCAUAUUUGGAUUGUAGAAUCGUCUCGAGAACAGUAAAAUGUCUUCUCUGUGAUAAGCUGAAUGUAGGCGCAACAAGACACUUUGCUCCUUUAUCAGGAGUGUUUUAUUUUUCUUUAGAUACAAAGGGAAAUGUUCCCUGAUGCACAAGACUUAAUAUUACCACUGUGAUUAAUACUAGUUGUAUUACAUUUGCAAGAAAAGGCUGUUGAAGAAACAUGCGAGCAAUAAGCAAAAAAUGUUUAAAUAAGACAAAAUAAAUUAAUCGUUUAGUAUUUUUAUUUUUAAAAGAAAAUAAUGUAUUUUUUUGUUAUGAACACUUGGUAGCCAUUUAUUGUAAUUGCACAAUUCAUACAUUCAGAAACUCCUUUAAGGUAAACAAUGAGCACUAUAUGGAGAGUUAGAAAGUUAUAAAUGUUACUUUAUAAAGAUAAAAAAAAAUACUUUUUGCUGAGUAUUCAAAGAAAUGUUAAUCAGUGACUCAACUCCAUUUCAUGUUUUAGUGUUGUUUGUUGGUUCACUGUGAUUUUGUUUUCGGUAAGAAGUAGAUAUUUCUACAAUCGGAUGGAAAUAUUUUUCUCGAUGUGAAAAAUUACUUUGAAUGUGUAUUUUUGUCUGUAUUAAAACAACCAGAAUUAAUGUGUCUAUGUUACCUAGAAGUUUGUUUUGCUGUUCAUCAUCAGGUAAAUUUAAAAAAUUGGUGAGGCUUUGCAGCUGUGGUUGACAGACGUUUUAUUACAGUGUAUGCAGUGCAAUUUGGUCUUCUGCUGAAAUAGACCUGAAAUGGGAGAUUCUGCAUUAUUGCAGCCCAUGUAAUACUAACGUGCAAUUUUGAGGGUUUUGUUAAUUAACUGGAGUUUAAUAUUUUAUGCUUUUACCUCAGCAAAGUGUUGCCAUGUAUAGAAAUUGUGUAAAAUAAAAAACUGGAUUUCAUAAUUUGGUUC